CACCUCCGUGCUCUUCGUACUCUCCUAGUAAGAGAGACCGAACCCGGCGUCGGUUAUCAGGAGAAUACGACGACACGGAGCUACCCCGAGAAUAGGCGACUUUGCGAAGGAGCGCGGGGAUGGCCGUCGCCGUUUUUGGAUGCAGAGUCGGGUCUAAGUUCAAGGGAACGGUGUCAGAGGCACGUUGCGGUUACUUAGAAAAAUGCCCGGCCGGUAUCCCCGUAUCCCUAGGAACCUCUCCCGAAAAGCGGCGACAUCGACCUGGAAGUAAAUCCGAUAGGGAGAGACGAGGAGGAAGGGGGGACCUCCCCUGAUUUUUCUGGAGAUGUGGCAGGCGUGCCCCACGUGGGACCAGGGGGAGGACGAGGACGCUCCGAAGGAGGACGCCGAAGAGGCGGAGGAGGUGGGGUGCCACCAGGUAUAAAAGAGGGGGGCCCUCGGAGUCGCGCCUGUUUCCCCGAAGAGUUCCGCCGAGUCGCAGGUGCAGUGCCCCUCGUACCUGACCCGUUAUCGGCGCUAUCGGACAGCUCGGACACCCCUCCAGGUGAGUCUCGAAAGGUCACGACCUCCCUCGCUUUGGUAAUUAUUUUUCCGAAUCUUCUUUCCUUUCAGAGAGAUGAGGUUGGUGGCGGUGCUGGCACUUUUGUGCUGCCUCGCGAUGGGCGCUAUCGCCUCGCCGGUCCCGGAAGCGCAGAGCUCGUCCUCGGCGAUCCCCGAGAAGGAGUCCGGCAGGCAAGCCGCGGCCGCUCCCCCCGCGGCCGUUGCCGACGACGACGACGACGACGACGACGACGACGACGACGUGGACCUCGAUUUUACCGGCGACGAUGACGACGACGAGGAGGAAGAGGAGGAGGAGGACGACGACGAGGACGACGAUUACCUCGAGAGGUUCAUCGAAGACAUCCUCGGAGGCGAGGACGAGGACGACGAGGACGACGACGAGGUUUCCGCGGUGGAGCCAGCAGUCGCCGCCGCGUCGCCGGUGCAGCCGGUCGCGGCGGUUGCAACGCCCUCGCUCCCGGCCAACGUGCAGAACGACCUGAACGGCAUUCCCGAGGCCGAGGGGUCGAACGAAAACGCGGGAGACGCGACUUCGGGCGAUCAGGACUCCGAGGGAGCCUACGAGGAGGAAGAGGUCGAAGGCGGCGAGGUCGUGCCCGAAGGUCAGGCGGCCUCCAUUUUGGAGAACACCCCGGCGGAAGGUUCGGACCCCGUGGCCUCCGCGGCUCAUCAGGCCGUUCCCCAGGCCGCCGACGAGGACGACGAGGACGACGACGACGAUGACGACGAGGACGACGUAGACCUCGACCUCACGGGCGACGACGACGACGACGACGAGGACGAAGACGAGGACGAAGACGAGGACGAGGAGGACGAGGAGGACGACUCGAUCGCCGACAUCGCGGACGCGCGGCGAGCACGCGCCAUGGAAGAGCCCGUUCACGUUUCCGCCAUUUACGUGGCGAAAUACAACCGUUUCGUGGAUAACAUUUUGGGCCGUAUCAACAAGAUCCUGCGCACGAACUACGACCCUGUGACCGUUAAAUUGACGAACCCCAACGUCAACACCAAAUCGAACAAGAACAAGAACAAGAAAAAGACGAAAAGGAAGGGCAGCAAGAGCAACGCCAGGAGGAGGACGGAGGAGUCGAUCAAAAUCGAUUCCCAUGAGAGCAACUCGGUCGACGAGGUCUUCAAGGGCUCCCAGAUGGAAAGGGAAACCUCAACGAUCUCGACGAACUCUUUGACCACCGACCAACUUUCCCCGAUAAACGCGACCUCGAGAUCGACCAACCGUGCCGGCACCAAGAAGACCCCCAACAAGAGUAACAAGACGAAGACGAAGACGAAGACGAAGACGAAGACGCCGAAUGCGAGCAAGCCGCCAAAGGACAAAACGAAGACGAAGAAGAGCAAGCCGAAGGCUCGAGCCACGCUUUACGGACUGGCUUCGUUACACAGAGCCGGAGAUGUCUCGGUGAACAUGAUGAGCGACCACACGACCAUAAAAACCAAGUUCAACCUCGGUCCCCUGGUGUUGAAGGUCGAAAAGGAAUUCGGCAGGGCUGCGAAAAAGGAGUUGAGAAGCGCCACUGCCACCACGGCGGAGAUGUCCGGGAAAUUGAGCCUUAGGGUGCUCCAUGGCGGGGCGGCGACUCUCCAGUCGAUUCGCGUAUUGCAGCCGAAACAGGUACGAGUGGAGAGUGCCGACGACCACGACAGGACCCGGGAAUUUGUCUGGAAGAGGUCGUCGCAUAUUGCACACUUGGUGUCACAAAAACUGUCAUCCGCGACGAAAUCGAUGUUGCGUCCUCCUCCUGUUACGACCGCCUGAUUUUGCCGAUCGCGAUCUCGUCGUUUUGCUUUUUCGGAUUUUUCUAGGGAGGGGACACGACGGGAGGAAGUCGACCGACCGGAACGUUUCCCGAAAACUAAAGCGGAGACCGUUCCAUUACGGGGAAUGCGUCU